AUGGACGAGCUCGUCGUCUCGUCGGUCAACGAGGUUCCGGAACCCGAAGAGCUCGAGGAGGCCGGGAAACUUGUCGAGCAUUUCGAUUGCAUAGAGCAGCUCUCGAAGAAGCUCGGCAAGUCGGUGCCCACGUGGGAUGGGCUUGAGAACUUUAAAAGUGUUUAUCAGGAAGAGCAAUACGAGCUCUCGGCGAUUGAGACGAUCGAUAGUGCGAUUGACGCGGGGAAUUGGAACGAGUCGAAUUAUCAAACCUACUCAUUCUCCCAACUCUUCCUCCAACCCCGGCCCUACACCCGGCGAGCGACCUCGCUGAUUUCGAAGCCCAUCCCCUACUCAAACUGGCACCCGCACAACCCACACCGCAUGUUCGAGCAGUGUUUUGCAAGGCUACAAGCCGAGUACAAGAAGAAGAAGAUCGGCAUCCAGGGCAUGUAUCUGGAGCAGGGGACGAUGCAGGCGCUGAUCGAGCUUCGAUUCGGCGGUUUCUUGGACAGCCGUCAAUUCGUGUGCAGCCAAAAGAUGUUGCUCAUCGUGCAGUAUGGCAUUUUGGAGGGCGUGAUCAUGGUCGCCCCGCACGAAGACUGGUUCUUCACUGACGCGACGGGCGAUAAAAAGGUCGACACCACGAAGGAGAGCGAGUACCUCGUCUAUAGGAAGCUCACCACCCAGACGAACAUCCACCUCGUCCAGAUGAGCUCCCAGGUCAACUAUCAGAACCCUGAGCACCUCUCCACGCUCUUCAACCAUUUCGCGAAGAUCCAGCACAUUUUUGAUACGCCGUGCAAGUCGUGCUCAAAAGCCAGCCCAGACGGAGCGGACGACGACAAGAAGGGUAAGGAUGCGAAGAAGGACGAGGCUAAGUCACCGUCAAAGCCCGAGCCGGAAGUAGGCCAGUCAGUCCUGCAGCAGGCCUCCACCCAGGGCACCGAGAUCGGGACCACCCCCGGCGAGCUGAAGCUGGACAAGACGCAGCCGUCGGAGAGGCCGUCCGAGCGGUCGAAGAAAUCCGAGAAGUCGAAGAAGUCGGAGAAAUCGAAGAAGUCGGAGAAGUCCAAAAAGUCGGAAAAGUCGAAGAAGAGCGAGAAGUCGAGGAAGUCGGAAAAAUCGAAGAAGAGCGAGAAAUCGAAAAAGUCGAAAAAGUCCGAGAAGUCGGAGAAGUCUGAGAAGAAGUCUGGGAAGAACAACAACUCCAAGGAGAAGGGGAAGCCGUCGCCGGAAGCGGCCUCACCCAGCACCGACAGCAAGGAGCGCAACCUCCCGAGUACCAUCAACCAAGCCGGCCGUACCCGCCAACUCGCCACCUCCACCUUCAUCCUCGCCCCGUUGAAGAAGGACAAGCGCGAAAGGAUGAUGCAAGGAGGCCAGAAGAAACAUGACAGGCUGGCGGAACAGGUCGAGCGGCGAAACGAGGGAAAGAAUUUGACACCCGCCGGCUGGAAUGGCAUCCGCUCCAUCAAGGUCACCCCGAAGCCGGCUGGCUUCGCCAGGCUGAUCCACCCCUCCGGCAUGGAAGAGCCGGCACCGAGGCCACGCUCGCACGCCAACGAGGAGCCGGCAAAGCCUCCUCCAAAGAAGGGCUGCUGCGCCAUCCUG